UUCUGCACUGCCAGCAGCUUUGUUGGAUUGCUACCUGCUAGCUGUUCUGCUAACCAACAAGCAUUUCCUGCCUGAGGACUGGACACAGCAAUGGAUAUCGACGCAAUAUUGGAAGCGUUUCAAGAUUUUGAGAAAAGAGGCAAGAAGGAGACCUGUCCUGCUCUAGAGCAAUUCCUGUGUCAUGUCGCCAAAACAGGACAACCAAUGAUCCCUUGGUCACAGUUCAAAACAUACUUUUUAUUUAAGCUGGAUAAAGUGAUGGAGGAUUUUCAUGCUUCAACACCAGAGGAGAGAGACUCUCACAAUCCCAAUGUGGAAUAUAUUCCCUUUGAAGAAAUGAAGAAAAGGAUCUUAAAGAUAGUGGAUGGUUAUAAUGGGAUCCCAUUCACCAUUCAGCGGCUGUGUGAGCUGCUUACAGAUCCCAAGCGUAAUUACACGGGUACAGACAAGUUUCUCAGAGGUUUGGAAAAGAAUGUAAUGGUGGUAAGCUAUCUGCAUCCCACAUCAGAGAAAAAUGGGACAUCGACUAUGAAUAGAAUGAAUGGAGUGAUGUUUCUUGGAAACUCAUCUCUAUAUUCAGAAAGCAGUCGAAAUGUGAAUGGGCCAAGUUUGUCAAAAACACUCAACAGACCAAAGCUGUCGUCGUCUUCACUUUCCACCAACGGGCUCCCAGAGUGUCCAGCCAGUAAAGACCCAGAUGGAAUCACUGAAACAGAGGAGCAUCAUUCCAGUGAAACACCACCUUCAGAAGACGAGGCGAAACCAAAACAUGGAAUAAAGCACAAACAUCGAGAAGAAGACGAAGAAUCUGAUUGUGACAAACAGGAGGCCAAGAAACGGAAGACUGGUGAAUAUGAUGACGAAAAGGAAAGGGAAGAAGAUGAGUCAUCUUGUCAUAAAGAACCAGAGAGUUCAUCAGACACACCAGAGUCAGAGGAAGACACUUGUGGUCAAGAGUGCAGCAGUGAAACAUAUCAUGACACACCCUGUAAAUCAGACAGUCAUGGGGAAAGCAGCACACCGUCUGAACCACCUGAGAGGGAAGGGGAGUCGAACGAUGCUGGUGCUGCCGCCAGUGUUCAGAGCAACAUCUCUGUGGAUCAGUCGGAGCAAGCGACUCCAUCAGAGACACAUUCAACCUCCGAACAGGACAGUGCUUUGUGCAGCAGCAGCAGCAGCAGCAGCAGCAGCAGCAGCAGCAGCAGCAGCAGCAGCAGCAGCAGCAGCAGCAGCAGCAGCGAUGCAGAGGGCUUACCCAGCGAAAAAGCGUCUUGCAGUAAUUCCCCUGAGCUGCCAACAGAGGGUGGUGCUGAAACUUCGGACAGCACAGAGACAACAUUAGAACUGGGAGAAGGCAACUAGCUUGAAAGGCGGGAAUGCCAACUGACUUGUUUUCUACACUGUAUGAUAGAACCCCAAGGGUAUAUCUGUAGCACUGUGGACCAUUAGGCUUCAGGACCAAGAGGCAUGUGGACUUGGAGACUUCUCAGAAGGAUCUUGAUGUCCUCUUCUGUGUCAGCUUCUCACGGCCACUGGUCACCAGAUCUUUAAACUGAAAGAUGAUUUAACGACAUAACGAAGACUGCCUUUUUCAAUAUACAAAACCUUUUUCUAACCUUUUUUUCUUUCCUAAUUUUUAUAUUUGAACAUCUAAUUUAAUGUAGAUAAUGUAUUCAGUAAUUCCAUUAGUUAUUUGGUGUUUAUUUCCAAGGAGAACCAUUUGAGAAAGUUGUUUUAGGCCAAGCACAGUAGUUUCAGGUUUCUUUUCUUUCUUUUUCUUUUGUAUUAAUGCUGUUCAGAGAUGAUUGAGAACACCUUUAACCAAAAUAUCAUACAUGUCUGCUUUUAUUUUGAAUAAAGCACAUGUCGCAAGUAUAUUUUCUGUGAUCGUGCACUUCAAACUCUUGAAAGCUGGAGAAAUGUUUUGCUCCCUGUCCGUAUGACGCCAAUACAACAAGUUGCCACUUGUGAGCCCUUUUGUCUGAGCAAUUUGGUUUGCUGUAAGGGUAAUCAUUUUCAAUUCAAACUCUGGAACAAAAUCCAAGGUACUUUUAUUUUCUUUGUGUCACACCAUAGUCAUACAGCUGUCUUUUUUUGAUAAUUGAGAUUUCUACAAUACUUAUCUGUAAAUGAGCUUUUGUAGUCUUGUAAUACAUGUCCACAUUCUUUGUAAAACUGACUGCUGGAAACCGAAGGCUUGAGCUUGUGUGAGAGUAUUCACAGAAAGCAAUAAAAGCUGAAAUUGGGA